CUCCAGCAGUCCAGCUAGGCACGGCACCAUCCUCCACUCCUCCUUCCCCUUCAAUCUUCGCCGAGACGCACCUCCACCGCUGUCUGCUGCAGGAACCGGCUACCCUAAUCGUCGCCGCCUUCCACCAACCCUGUCCCGCCGCCGCCAUCAGUAACUCCAAGCCUCCACCUGCCGCAACCCUCGGCUUCCAGUCCUCGAAGGCUCCAACUAGUGAUUCCCGCCGCCGCCAGUCACCUGGCUGCACGCCUCUCCAUUCUCCACGGCUCCACCACGCCACUCCCGCUCCAAGCCUCCCCACUGUCUGAAGAUAGAUAAUUAUUUGUAGAUUAGGGAGCACUGCCCAAUUAGUAAAAAUGGCGAUCCUUUUCUGAUUAAUCCGAUUGAAGGCGCUGAUGGACUCCCAGUUUCUGUGCUUUAACCGGACCAGCUUGCUCACUAAACCUCUCCUUCCACCGCAAUCUCGUUUAUUUGCCGCCGCUCCGGACUUCAACUACCGGCCAUCUUCAAUUCAAUCCAAAGGAUUCGCUUUGAGCAGCAUAAGGUGUGCAAUGAAGUCUUACCGGUUAUCUGAGCUAAAUCAUGCAGAGGUUGAUGGCUUGAAAGCUCGCCCUCGGAUCGAUUUCUCUUCCAUUUUCAGUGUGGUGAACCCUAUUGUUGAUGAUGUUCGCACAAGAGGGGAUGCUGCAGUUAAAGAGUACACUGCAAAAUUCGAUAAAGUGAACCUGGACAAUGUUGUUGUGGAUGUUUCCGAGCUUCCCAAUCCGGAGCUAGAUGCAGAUGUUAGGGAAGCAUUUGAUGUUGCAUAUGACAACAUAUAUGCAUUUCAUUUUGCUCAAAAAUCGAGUGAAAAAAGUGUCGAGAACAUGAAGGGUGUUAGGUGCAAACGGGUGGCAAGAAGUAUUGGCUCUGUUGGUCUCUAUGUUCCUGGAGGUACUGCAGUCCUACCUUCCACAGCUUUGAUGCUUGCAGUUCCUGCCCAGAUUGCUGGGUGCAAAACUGUUGUUUUAGCAACUCCACCUAGUCAGGAUGGCAGCAUAUGCAAGGAGGUAUUGUACUGUGCCAAGAAGGCUGGCGUUACCCACAUUCUUAAAGCUGGAGGGGCUCAGGUUUGAUAUUGUUUAUUUUUAUGCGAGGUUAUAUGCAGGUAUCACAUUUUCAUCUCCUUAUUUUCUCAAUCUUCUCUUUCCAAGUUCAGGCUAUAUCUGCUAUGGCAUGGGGAACAGAGUCCUGCCCUAAGGUGGAGAAAGUUUUUGGUCCAGGAAAUCAGUAUGUUACAGCUGCAAAGAUGAUUCUCCAGAACAGUGAAGCAAUGAUAUCCAUUGACAUGCCAGCUGGACCUUCAGAAGUUCUGGUCAUUGCUGACAGAUGUGCCAGCCCAGUACAUGUAGCUGCAGAUCUGUUGUCUCAGGCUGAGCAUGGUCCUGAUAGUCAGGUUGUUCUUGUAGUUGUCGGAGAUGGGAUCGACAUGGAAGCUAUUGAACAGGAAAUUAGUAAGCAGUGCCAAGCUCUUCCUAGGGGAGAGUAUGCCGCGAAAGCUUUGAGUCACAGUUUCAGCGUGUACGCUCGUGAUAUGAUAGAGGCCAUCUCCUUUUCCAACUUGUAUGCACCCGAGCAUCUGAUAAUCAAUGUGGAAAAUGCCGAGAAAUGGGAGGGUCUUGUUGAGAAUGCAGGUUCUGUGUUCUUGGGUCAGUGGACGCCGGAGAGUGUCGGGGAUUACGCCAGCGGGACAAACCACGUGCUUCCGACUUACGGGUAUGCCCGGAUGUACAGCGGAGUAUCCUUGGACUCGUUCUUGAAGUAUAUGACAAUUCAGUCUCUAACCGAAGAAGGCCUAAGAAGCCUUGGUCCAUUUGUGGCUACCAUGGCUGAAGUUGAAGGGCUCGAUGCCCACAAGAGGGCCGUCACUCUUAGACUCCAGGAUAUUGAGGCCAAGCAGCAGCAACAGCGAGUCACCACAACAUAGAAUACGGUCGACCGCGCUUCUCAUUUUCCUUCUUUUCUCCGCUGGCCGUUGUCAGGAUCCUGAGUGUUGCCCCUUUUGCUUCAUUCUCAUACUUUGUUGAUAACAUGUAUUCCUCUCUCGCACAGUUCUGGUGCAACGGUUAACUUUUUUGAUAGAAGCUAGUAUCACAUAGUAAUCCUACCAAAAGGAAAACAUUUUUUGCACUAAACACUCUGAUACUUCUAUGCAUCUUUUAUUUAUCGAACAACAAGAUUCUCGUUCCAUAUCUACACCAAGUUUGUUGCAGGGGAGUUGAAGCUUGUCCGCUGGCUAUCAGGAGCUCAAGAACAGCGAUCAUGCAGCUUUGCAGAGCUAGUCGAUCAUCACAACAAUGCAUGAAAUAUCAUCUUUGCUGCCUCUUGCUAAAGCUUCUGCAAUCAAAGUCUUAGCUGCUUCCUUUGGAUCCUCCACACCUCUGAUGCAGUCGCAUGCGUCCUGGUUCGACAUAACCUUCCAGAGGCCAUCACUGGCCAGAAUGAUGGAGUCCGUGUCAUCACGAUCAAUGGUAACAAUCUUUAGAUCGGGCUCUGAAGAGAUGUGAUCCUUCAGCCUUGCAUCUCCAAAAGCCCUAGACAUUGCCAACUGCCCAUCCACCCGAGGCACAUUCCCAGGCAUCUCGACAACAAACCCUCCUUUGCUCUCAACAAGGCCUCUCUCUUUCUCGGGCUCGUGAUCAACAGACACCUGAGUCGCCAUGCCAUUCCUGCACAGAACCGCCCUCGAAUCACCCACAUUCGCCACAACCAACGUCUUCCCAUCAAUUAGUAUGGCUGUGACUGCGGUUGAUCCACCACUUCGGCCCACAACGUGUUCAAGAAUCUCUUGGUCCGUGGUCUUGUACGCUCUCCUGAUGGCACUCUUCGGGUUCCUCCAGAAGUCGGGCUCAUUCAAGAUAUUGUCAAAGAGAUGAGCCUGCAGAUAUUUGGCUACGUUGCGGCCCGAAUGGCCAUCAAAGAUUGCAUACAAUCCGAGCUCAUAGCCAUCCACUUUCCUGUUCUCUGCCACUACAUAAUCUUCCAUUUCAUGGUCCAUCUUCCCUCUCACCAAAUGGCAUCCAUGGCAGACUUUUCCG